AAUGUCGGGCCUCUACUUCCUUUUCCCUUUCUUCGAUCGGCGAAGAAGCGGGCGGCGCGAGUUCUCCAUCGCGCCAGCCACCCCUUCCCGCCGGUUGAGUCAAGUCUACCGGCUUCGCACCUCCUCGGCGAUUGAUCCGAUCGAUGCCUCUUGCCUCGCCGGGAUUCCUGAAUCACGAAGUGCUGGCAAUGCUUAUGCGAAACUAGGGCAGAUCGGGCUCUUCCGCUCUUCGUUCGCCGGUCCCGUCUAAUAUGCCCUCCGUCGUCGCAAAGUCCUCUUACCAGAGGACUCUUAUUGAUGGGGACGGAGACGGGAGCGGAGACGGGAGUGGGAAGACACAUCUCUAUUUGAACAUUUACGACAUCUCGCCGGUAAAUAAGUACUUAUAUUAUUUGGGCCUCGGCAUCUUCCAUUCCGGGAUUGAAGCCCAUGGCAUGGAAUAUGGAUUCGGAGCACAUGAGUUCUCGAUGAGCGGGGUAUUUGAAGUAGAGCCAAAAAGCUGUCCUGGAUUUAUCUUCAGACGAUCUGUGUGGCUGGGCACCACAAAUAUGUGUCGCUCAGAAUUUCGCUUAUUUAUCGAAGAUAUUUCUGAGAAAUACUAUGGAGACACCUACCAUUUGAUGGACAAGAACUGCAACCAUUUUACAGAUGAGGUAAGCAUGCUGCUGAUAGGGAAGCCAAUUCCAGGAUGGGUGAAUCGACUCGCUAAAAUUGGAUCAUGCUGCAGCUGUAUUUUUCCUGAAAACAUCCGGAUUGAAGCAGCCGGAGAGUUACCACCUCGUCCAUCUUCUUCUGAUGGGUCGGACAUAUUUGAUUUGUCAUGCCUACAAGGAUUGGCUGAAGAGUCAGACCGCCAAUGUUUGAUGAAACCAAACGAUGGCUUUGUGCAUGCAAAUGAUAAGCCACCAAAGGAUCACUAGACAAGACAUUUAUUGAAUUUGCGAUUGCUAAACAUGUCGGCUCAUUAUUCUUGUUCAUUGUAAAUGGUUGCCUUCUCGAUACGUGAACAGGAAUUAUUGUCAUGCAUGGCUUCUUUAACUGUGUUCUUUCCGUGCGUCUGAUCUCUGAUCAUUGUUUACUUUCACAAGUUCAAAGAGAAGUAUUGGCCAGAGACA